UAUAACCAUGGAAAGCCAAUCCUACCCAAAGAAAGCAGAGAAGCCGGAAACAGAGUCCACCUCACCGGUGCCACCUCCGCUGACGACGGAAUCACCACCACCACCACCACCACCACCUCCUCGUCCUUGCUUAUCCUCAUCCCCAUCCCACGAAUUCUCCUUCACAAUCUCUCUCCACGCUCCCAACUCCAUCUCAGGCACAAACACCGCCGGCGGCGGCGGCAAGCUCAGCAAUUCUUCGUCUUCUUGUCUAAACUUCGACCUCUCGCCGGCUGACGACAUCUUCUUCAACGGUCGCCUCCUGCCCCUCCACUUCGUCGCUCAUCGCCUCUCCGACUCCUCCAUACAAAGCACCAAUUUCCCUCCCCUCAGCCCCAUCGAAACACUUGAGGCCAACUACACCACCGCCGGCGGUGCCGGCACCGGCGCCUUCGCCGCCGUUCCUACCUCAGUCCACAGUGGCCGUAGAAGUGCUCCCAUAGCCUUCCCCUUCUAUUGGCUCCGAAAGCGGCUGAGAAAAAAAGACGGCGAAGAAAACAGAUUGGAUGAAAAGCAGAGAAAGAAGAAGUUGUUGGACUUCGCCCUCUUAUGGAAGAAAUAUACAAGCUUGGUGGAACAGUUUCUCCUCUUGAAGGAUUGGAGAGAGAAGAGGGAGAUAAGGCGGAGUACUCAGUUUUCCUUCCAUGGUGAAGGCCGGCAGCGGGGCUGGCAAGAAGGGUUGUCGGCUCCGGCGUCCAUUCGGACGUCGCCCGCAAACAGCAGCCUCCUUGUUACGCCAUCAACGACUAACUUCUCAUCAGAGGAGCUAAAUAAUGCUAUUCAGGCUGCAAUUGUACAUUGCAAAAACUCUACUGGAGUUUAAGUGGACUGAGGGUUUAUUUUGAGACAGUUGCAACUGUUUGAAAAAGCUGCUGAGCAGC